GAAAUUCCAAAGAUCUGGGAAACAGCAGACCUUUCGGAUUUUUGGUCAGCUGGGGAUCUGGAUGUCUCCCAAUCCUAUGAUUCAGUUUUGAACUUUGAGGAGUCUGUGGACAAGCUUGUCCGUGAAGAUGAGCUGGAAGAUCCCGCUAUUUUGAAUGUCUCGAAAUAUGGUCCGGGAGCUUCGACUCAGCAAGCGAUUCCAGUUGCUCCAAUCAUCAAUCCAAAUGAUAUUUGGGGGACGGGAUUACCUCAUAAUGCCGGCAGUAAUCAUGGUUCUUCCAGAUUUGAUCCAUUUUUGGACUUGCUGUCUCAACAGCUGAGCUCAGACCUUGCUGUGUCUGGCGACCGGAAAGUAAUUCAGGGCCAAACUAUGGAACCACCUGUUGACAAAUCAUCGGAUGUUAAUAGUCUCUCCGGUUGUUUUGGAUGCAACAAAAAGGAAGUGCAACCCGAUCUUGGAGCUCCACAUGCUACCAUGAAGUCGCACCCGCCUUAUCAGGUACGGCCACUCCUGGGAAUGGCAACGCCUCCGUCGGAACAGCUCCAGAAACUCUUACACGCAACUAAAGGCGUUGUUUCUCCUCAGCAUCAUUUUUUCAACAUGCCUGUUACAACGUCUCUGCAGAAAGUUCAGCCAACGCCGUCUAGAAAUGGGUUCUUCAUGGUUCCUUCGGGCCCAUCGACGUCUUACUCACGCUUUGCAGCUCCUCCUCCACCACUUUUUUCCUCCUUACCUCACCUGACCUCCUCUGUCCACCUUCAAAAGCCCUUUCCGAUGCCUCCGAAAGUAUCUUUCCUACCUCCCAUGCAACAGCUUCAUCCGCAACAUCCGCUUUUUGCACAAUUCUCUCCUCCUUCGCCACUUGAUCCGUCCCGAUUGUCCGACAUCCUCUUUGCCCGCAUUGAGGCAGAACAGCCUGACAAGGCGUCCUUUGAUCCGCGUUUCGGGGCCUGGAUGAGUCCUCAGGAUCAACUUCUCGUUCUAAACUGUCAACUUAGAUCACUGAACGUCGCCAACCCUUAUGUAGAGGUGGGUUUUUGCUCCUACUUUUCCACGCCCGCAGAUCUGAGUUCCGAGUGCUCAGUUUGUGAGUUAUAA